CACACACACACGAUAGAUGCGGUCGUGUUUUACUUUCUUUGCUUCCAAAGGACCCGUAUCUCUUACAUCUUUCCCCCGGAUCUUUGUUUCUGGACGCCAGGCUGCGGCUGCGUAAUGCCCCGCAGCAGCAGCAGAUGUGUUGAGCGACUCAGGUAAUAGCAGUACCCUUCCACAGUGACCCCGGCCUGAUGCUGAGAGCCCCAAAUUCAUGAGAAGGCAACAGGAAGCAGAUCACUGAGGGAUUAAACACAUUUAUGCACAUGCACACAUCGAGAGUACCACAGUUCGGGGUUUUGACCGCUGCCCAACUGUGGAUCUCACACUGAAUGAUCUUGUCUGACUGACUGACUCCAGUAUCAUGGAAGAAGAGGAGGAGCUGACAGAGUCUCAUUGAAUUUAACUCACAUAACCCCGCCUACAUUUCUCCUGUCUCACUAUCGAAGGCUUUGCCUGGUCAAUGAGGAUUACAGAUUCAUAACAAACAGCAGAGAGAGAAAGAGAGAGAGAGAGAGAGAGAGAGAGAGAGAGAGAGAGAGAGAGAGAGAGAGAGAGAGGGGAGUGCAGAGCCAACCAUCCGCUUGCUGCUGUCCCAUGAUGCAUCUACACAGCUAAGUGCAGGAUCAGCCACACAGAGGGCUGUUUCUAUGGAUACCCCUGCCCUUGGUAGUAUUAAUAAGACUGACUGAUAUCCUGACUAUCUGUGCGUGAAAAAAUAUGGUGAAAGAUAGGAAUUGCAUCCCUGCAGCAGACUACAAUGUCAAAUAACAUCUUUGGAGCAGAGAAAGAUAUUGUCAUCAUCAUCACGUGCCAAGAGGAAAAUCUUGAAGGAAAAAUGUGUUAUUUUUAAAGAUGUACUGUGGAUGCUCUACACUCCUUGUCCCAAACACCUCAGAGGUUGUUUUAAAUGUGAUACCUAGUAGAUUCUCAGCUGGUUCAGUAAAAGGGUGAUUUAAUAAGAAUCUGCCCACACAGGCCCAGAAGAGAGGGUGAAGAUGAUGCACAAAUACACUUUUUAGGCCUGAAGGAAAUAUCUUCUUUUUAUCUUUGUAAUAGCCUACUGAGUACAGCUCAACAUUCUGGAUAAAAUAAUCCUACUGGAACUUUUGUGGGCCCCUACAACUUCCACUUCACCAGACUAGUUGUGCCACUGCACUUAUGAGAGCAGACAUCUACAUGCUCCAGCUACCUAUAAAGAUCAGGUCUUUAGUUAAGGUUCUGGACUCACCAGCAAGAUGUAACAUCAUGUGCAUAAGACAAUAACAAAGCACUUUAAUAGAUAUUGUGGGGAUCCAUCAAGCUUGAGGUACCUGGAAUCAUCUGUCCCUAACACUUCCAGACUGAGCUAUCAUGGCUAGACAAGACACCCCCCUCUUCCUCCAUGGUUUUGACCUAGGUGGUCACUUUGUUGACCUUCGACCUCUCGGCACGGGUGUUACAGGCCUGGUCCUCUCAGCUGUGGACGAGCGUAGUAGACAGCGUGUGGCCAUCAAAAAGCUGGUGAUGCGUGAUGCCUUGACGGUGAAGCACGCUUUGCGGGAGGUCAAAAUCACCCGACGGCUGCACCAUGAAAAUGUGGUGAGCGUUAAUGAGGUUUUGGCGCCAUAUGGACUACCACUGCCCAGAGACCCGACCCAGCUGAGUGCGCUGUACAUUGUCCAGGAGUGCAUGGAGACGGAUCUGGCUCGGCUGCUGGAACAAGGACCCCUUCCCACAGGUCACGCUACUCUGCUGUUCUACCAGCUCCUGAGGGGACUGAAGUUCAUCCACUCAGCUAACGUCUUGCACAGAGAUCUGAAGCCUGCCAACAUAUUCAUCAACACGGACCAACUGCUGCUCAAGAUUGGAGACUUUGGGCUGGCCAGGAUAGUUGACCCUAAUUAUUCUCAUAAGGGCUAUCUGUCCAAGGCUCUGGUAACUAAGUGGUAUUGUUCCCCACGUCUGCUCCUGUCCCCCAACAACUAUACCAAGGCCAUCGACAUGUGGGCCGCUGGCUGCAUACUGGCUGAGAUGCUCACUGGACGCAUGCUGUUUGCAGGAGCUCAUGAGCUGGAGCAGAUGCAGCUGAUUCUCAACACAGUGCCGGUACUGAGAGAGGAGGACAGGCAGGACCUGCUACAGGUGAUGCCUUCAUACGUCAGUUAUGGAUGGAGAGUCAAGAAACCCUUUUCUGGAUUGCUGCCUGAAGUGGAUGCUCAGGCUGUUGACUUCCUUGAGCGUAUUUUGACCUUUAACCCCAUGGAUCGGCUGACAGCUGAAGCAGCGCUGUCCCAUCCCUUCUUCCAGCAGUACUCCUGUCCAGAGGAUGAGCCCACCUCAUCACAUCCCUUCCGCAUCGAGGAUGAACUGGAGGACAGCCUCGUCACCGAGCAGAGCCUCAGCAACAGCAACAGUCAGGCCUGCAGCAUCCACUGGGAGAGGUACGAGAAUAGUUUAUCAACAGAUGUGUCCUGGCAGCAGUCAGAUACAAGGUGUCACUGCAUGCCCCCUGGCCACUUCACCUCCUACCUGGAAGACACAGAGGAUGAGGAGGUGCAGAGAGACCCCCGGGCCAGUUCCACACUGUUAGAGGAGGCUCAGGUUGACCCACGCAAAUAUUCCCACAGCAGCUCAGCUGAACGCUUCCUGGAAAACUCUCACUCCUCUCUGGAUCGGGCCUGUGGUUUGGGGUAUGGGGAACUAGACUGUGGCCGCUCCUGUGACUACAAAGUGGGCUCUCCUUCAUACCUGGAUAAAAUUGCCUGGAGGGAGGGCAAGCCUCAACACUACUCAGAGCCUAAGCUGAUCCUGGAUCUUUCUCAUUGGAAGCGUAACACUAAUAGCCUCCCUGUGCCUGCUGAGCCUAUUGGUGACAGCGUGGAGGACCUUGGAAUGAUGAAAGAGGAGGCAGCAAAAGAGGAGGAAGAGGAGGAGACGGGGGAUUUAUUCCAGGAGAUCUCUCGCUGGGUGGAGAGUACCCAGUCUCGCCUGCUCUCGCCCAGUCCCAGUCCUUUGGAGCUACGUUCACCCUCCUGCUACACCUCCUCUCCCCCUCUGCCUCUCUCCCCGACUGACCUUCCAACUCCAGUCUUCCACUACACCGAAGUUGUGCAGCAAACAUCAGCUGAAUAUGAUGAAGACAGACUGAGCCCACUUCAGCCUGUCACGUCUUCCUUUAACUCCCUUCCCUCACUUCUUCCCUCAUCCCCCACCUCUCCGUUCCCCCCUCAGUCACCUCAAACAAUGUCUCCCCCAGCCUCGCCACUUUUUCCUUCCCCAGAAUCUCAACCCCUUUCCUCUACUUCCUCCAUUUCUCAGCCAGUAAAUGAUGAUUCCUUGGAGUCACUUCCUGUCAAGCAGAAAGAGCGGCUGUUCGACCUGGACGUGUUCAUAUCCCGAGCACUGAAACUGUGCAGGCAGAAUAAGGAGAAAGCAGAUGGGAAGAAAGGGAAAGAGGGGGGAUGGAGGGAAGAAAGCAAACAGCCAAACAUUAAUCUAAAGGUUCCCAGGCUUCCAGAGCACAGGCCUCCACCACCGCAGACUCCCAACUCUUGAUGUUGAAUUUUAACUUCAGGUCCACCACAGUAUAGCAUCAUAUGGGUAGCACUUCCAAAUUCUCAUAGUGCUUUACAUAGUGAGAGGUGUCCAUGGUUGAAUAUGCUGCUUAAACAUUAGACAUUAGUGUUAGCAGUCUUUUUGUUACUAUUGCUAUGACACACUACACGCUGUGACUAAAACCCUCACUUAAACAAGCAAUCCUGCUGCUUUGUCAAGAGGUGCUCUCAGGCAAUAAGAGGUCAAAAAGCAUUUGGGUUCAAAAUGAAUAGCUUAGCAUUGCAAAUAUCAAGGGUUUGUUCUGGGAAUAUUUAGAAAUAAUCAGCUAAUUAAUGAUUGUGGUAUUUGUGGUUUGCUGUCAUUUGUCAUCUUAACGAUGACUCCAACAAAAGUUAACCAGGCUAUUGUGUACUGGAUAACAGUAACCCACUGGAGUGGGAUCACUUGGUUUGUUUUAAGUUUGCUUUAGAUUUGUGUUUCUAUACAAGAUCCCUAGCUGUGUCAGUCAGUCAUUAAAUGUUUUCAAAAUGUCAGAUAGUCUUCCAAUGGUGAUGUUCACUGAAUAAUGAUAAUCACACAGGAAAUGCUUUUUUCCCAAGCUGAAUGUAUUAACUGAAAAAGAAUCAGUCUAAUUAUACUACGUGGUGAACCAUGAGGAUAUUAUUUGUUGCUAUCUUAACCCUCACAGUGACUUAAUUAGCUACGUCACUGCUACAUGCCUUGUAAACUUGUAUAAAACUGUUGUCAUAUUUAGUUCUAUAAUAUAUUUCUAAAGACUGUUGUUAAUAUUCUUUUGUCCAAAGUAGUUUUGCUGAAUGCUAGGGCACAUUUUUUUGUUUGAAGUGAGUUGUAUUUUGUUUAAAUGUGGAAUGCUCUAUCGUAAUAAUUUAUGCUCUAGUUCAAUCGUGAAUAGUUUCAAAUCAUGUCUGUCUGAUGCACCAAACAAGGUAAUCCUCUGCUGUACACUUACUGAAAUAUCUGUGUAUGUACCAGACAGCCAGCUAUCUGUCAUCAUUCUGCUCACUUGUUAGCCACAGAAAGCUAUAAUGCAAACAACAGCAGCCUAUAUUGUGGAGACUGUAUAUCCUUUACAACCUUUAUAGGAAAUUCUUUGUACUCAAAACUCCUCAAUGCUGCCCAGUCACCAUAUUAAUACUGUAUAUGAAACAGAAAAUAACCAAAACAUAUUUUUUUUAAAUACUUUUCUAUCCAACAAGGAAGACAGUAGACCCUCAGAAUGUUACGUAUUCUGGCAUUUGAUGUCUCCCCUCCAAGGUAACGAAAUCAGGUAAAACAUGUAUGUUCUAAAACAGAUGAAGGCUGUUGGCUUGUGCCUCGUGCUUUCUCAAUCAGUCACAUCUGACAUUCACUUCACCCGUCAAACUAAAAAGCUGAUAGUGAGCAUAUGGAAAUGGUAUUUAAACUAUUCUGCUAAAUCCAUGUUAUUCUGUAACCUAGAAGAAAUA